AAAGGAUGUGGUGAAACUAGAAAUGGCCCUUUAGGUGGGAGGGCGAAGGGUGAAGGACUUCAGAACUAAUAUAGGAUUAUAGGCCUUAUACGAGGAUUUGGUUGCUGCGACUGGUUGUCUCAUUAUGAGAAUAGAAGAAUUUGUAGUCAAACCUUAUGUUUACCACCCAUACUUUAUUCCUUUGAUGAAAUGUUUGGAAGAGAGGGUGCAAUACUAUGCAGCUAGGAAAUUAUUGGUGGUAAUGCUAUGUACUUUAUCCCAAGCAGGCAAGCACCAUUGAAUCCAGAUUUAAUGAAUUCUUGCUUUUAAUGUGCUGGUUGAGUUGUGUUGUCUUAGGAUCUUUUGAGGGCAGAUGGGAAGUAGAGGAGCUCUCCUGAAACGUGUACAAUCCUAACAAAACCUCUUGAAGCUGUGGGUUCCUUAGAAUUUGUCUUCCUUUCUUUUCUCGAUUUUUGUCAAAGUGUCAAAUAAUAAAAUAUUGUGGUCAGCUACGACUUAGAGCCUUCCAUCUUCAAUAAUGAGUGAAUGGUUGUAGGAAUAGUUCCCGCGGAGCAUAUUCCCUUCUUGCUGGCUGAAAUAGUUUGAAAUGACUUCACUAAGCUGAAGGAAUAAGAAAAUGAACGAUAAAAUUGCAUGCUUCUUAUCAGUUACCCGUCUUACCACUGCAGUUAGUAUACUGCGGAUACACCUCAAUUAUAAUUUGAUAAUCUUGCUUUUACCAGCACAGAUGCUUAAUGAAUUACACCCCAUUUAGACAAUCUAAUACUCGUGUGAUGAAGCAGACACUGUAUGGAGCUGGGAGAAGAUAUUUUGUGAGAAUAUACUUCUGCUGCUCUAUUAUUGCUGCUAUCUGUUUGUUGUCUAUUACUAAUUGGUUAUCUUUAUCUUAUUCUACUUUUUGGCAAAUAAAUGGAGAGAACCUUGGGGGCACCUGCCAUCAAAAUGACUCUUGGCUCAUACAUUUGCUGUUUCACUUGUUACUUAUAAGAUAAUAUACUUUAGCAUAUCUAUAAUACACUGCUAUAAUUCUUCCUUCUCUUAUUUGCUUAGAUUUGCUAUAUUCUUCUAUGGGUUUAAACUUAAAAGUGUCCUUUAACAAUUAUUUCACUUACACAAAUAAUUAAUUAAAAAAUUUAGUUGAAACCGUCACCACUGUAACUCAAUGUUACCUGUUAUCAUCGACCAGUUGAGCUUCAUUAAGAAGUCCUUUUCAGGUUAUUGAUUGAGAAUCAUUCAGUGUACUUCUGGAUGGAAUUUAGGUUAAUGUUGGAAAAAUGGAUGGUGGGCAAUGGAGAACAAAAGCACAGGCGUAAAAGAAUGAACCAGAUUCUUCUAUAGAUCACCUUUUCUGCUCAUUGUGGAGAGUUCCUUUUCAUGUAGUCUAUCCCACUACCAAAAGUUCCUUUAAUUUUUUGUCAUGUUUAUGCAAUAAAAUAUGCAUUUUUUUUUUUAAUUAAUUAUUGAAAAAAGUUGCUAGUUGUAGAAAUGGAACUCUGCUUAUAAACUUGGUUAUAGGAGCAGCAGUCAUGCUGUUGUGUGCUUGUACUUAUUAUCAUGUUCAAGCAUUUGUUUAAAUCUGAGAUACUUGCCACUGUCCAAGUAAUCUAUUUGCUCUUUAGUUCUUGUUAGUGCCAGAUACAAAGCUGUUUUAUAAGAAGAUAUAUAAUGAUGGUGGAAAGAACACAUGUUCCACAUCCUGUUAAUUAGUGUCCUUGUUAGGAUUUGUUAUGGUUUAUACUUUUGCAUUGCACUUGUUCAUGUCCAUUGGCCAUAAUUAUUCAAACACUGUCAAUUGUUUAUGGAGCUUUGUCUCAAGAAGCUUAAUCUCCUAGCAGGCUGGCACAGUGCAUACACGCUCAAUAUAUUACUAAUCUUUUUUUUUUUUUUUUUCAAUAUAUUACUUAUCAAAAAGAGGAAGAGGUCAAUAAUUAUUAUAUACCAAUUUAUGCUAGUGUGCUCACUGCUCAGUGAAAUGAAGGUUUUAUAAAACUUCAUAGUGUCUUUUCAUGUAUGUUUGAUUUCUUCUUAAAUGAACUAGAUGCUUACUAUUUACAACUUCAUUGCAUGUAAUUUGUUUACCGUUGGUGCUUUACUUUGUAUGCAGUUUACUUAUUCCCUGUAGUUUUGCAGUCUGAUUUCUAAUUCACAUUAUCUACCCUAACAUGUGUGUGAAACUAUAUACCAUUUUGUGAAAGGAGGUUAAAAUUCUACUUAAAGAUAAUUGUUUCAUUUUUCUAAUAAUAUGCAUUUUAUGUAGUCUUGGGAAGAGUGACAUGAGUGCAUUGCCAAGUCUUUAUAUUGUUACUUGCUGAGAUGUAGUUAUUUAGUAUAUUUACAAUAGAAACAGUUUUAAAUGGUGGGCCUUAAGAUAUUUAGUUGAGCUGCAAAAUGCUCUAUAAGCUCAUGCUUACCUAGUCUCUCUAAAGAAUCAAGAGAGGAAAAAGCCUUUUUAAAAAAUUAUUUUUUGAGGGGGCAGGAUGGAAAGUUAUAAUUUAUGUCCUGUUAUUGGUUGACAGCAACUUGCUACGUAUCACUAUUACUAUAAAAGCUUUGCAGACCUAGAGGCUCACUCAGACUUAACCUCUGAGAAAUUAAACCCUUUAUAUGCACACCCUUGUACUCUUUACGAACACAACCCAACCCCCUCUCUUGAAAAGAUUACAGAGAACAGGAAAAGAAGGAAAAAUCAUGGUUGUUAGUCUAAGACUUCUUUCUGCAGUUAACACAUCAGUGUCUGCCAAUAAUGCGGGACUAACUUCUACCCAAUCAGACUAUGUUGUCAUCUUGGCUGCUCUCUUUUGUGCUCUUAUCUGUGCAGUUGGCCUUGCAACGGCAGCACGCUGUGUGUGUCUCCACCGCCCUUUCAAUCUUUUCACAACAGCUACAGUCUUUCAUACUUCAGCACCUCCUCCGUCAGGUCUCAGUAAGAAGACCCUCCAGUUACUGCCUACAACGAAGUAUCUUUGUGAAGCAGAUGAUAGUAAUAAACAGGCUGACUGUGCCAUCUGUUUGACAGAGUUUUCUGAUGGAGAAAUGAUGAGGGUUCUUCCACGAUGUGGCCAUGUAUUUCAUAUAACCUGCAUUGAUAAAUGGCUUGGGUCCCACUCAUCGUGUCCAUCUUGUAGACAAUUAGUUCUAGUAGCUGGUAAAUGUCAUCACUGUGGAGGAUUUUCUGCCCAUCAGGGCUUCCAUGGCACUGCCAAUGAGGUGCAUACGAGAGAGACUGAUGUGAUGGGCAGGCAAGAGCCUCAAGACUAUAUGCUUACAUAUUUACCUUAAUAACAGCAGGAAGUGAUGUGUUUUUUCUUAUUGUUUCGGUAUAAUUACCUACCUUCAUUUGAUUGGAGCGGGCGUGCCAUAUAUGUCAAAGUGCAUUUGAUUAUGACAUUCUUCUAGCAUUGUCAGUUACGGUAUUAUGUGAAGUUUGGGAUUUUGCAUCUUGCUACAUACGUAUGUGCCAUGAGUUUGGGGAUCAUAUCAAGCUGCAAGGUUGCUUUUGCUUUGGUCUAGUGAGACAAAUUUACUAUGUAGUGUUUGGCAGAGAAAUACUUCAAUCAUCAGCAAUUCAGCAUCACUGAAUCUUUGGUGCUCUUAUAAUGUCGUACACUUGUACUUGUCCAAGACCCUGAUUCUCAGCCAAGAUGCCCCCCUUCCCCAGGGAAGUUAGUCACAAAAAUGCUUAAGAAGCACUGUUAUGAUGUAACAAAUACGAAAGACCAGAACUGUUGUGAAAACACCAACGGUGGAUGACUUGCUUGAGUUUCCUGUAUACAAUACUGAUAGUAACAUAAGUCCAAUUGUUCGUGACAGAGGAGCCAAGUUCCAGGCACUUGGGCAUAAUUCACAAAUUCAUAGUUGUCUAUUCUUGGCAUUGUAGAGCUCUUUGCUAGCUUUUUAUGUACAACUUCUACUAUGUUGCUGCAGAACACUUAUGUACACUAUACUGUGGUUUUUAAUAUUAAUCGAACUUAUGUGCAGCACUAAA